GCUCCUUGGGCAAGGCGAGAGGGCGCCAGUCAUAAGACAGGCGUGAAGCUGGUCAGCCUGAGCUCUGCUCUGCUCUGCUCUGCUCUGCUCGCAGGCACUACAGAAGACCUGCCCGUAGCUAAACGCGUUGCCCGUGCCAGGGUGCUUUCUCCAAGGGAAGGCGAGAGCGUGUCUCGUAUAGGCGCCAGACGUACUUUAGUUUGGCUCACGCUGGCGCUGUGAUGUGUUUCUGAGAGGCUGCCCCUGUGAACCACACGCUCACGGCAGCAAUGCUGUCCGCCUUGGCGCUCCUCAGCCUCUGGGCGCUAGGGGGCGCCCUGGGCCCCCGUCAGACGCCCGUGCCCCUGGUGCCCGACGUGCCCUUCCUGACGGUGUGGAACGCGCCGACCGAGCCCUGCAUGAGCAAGUACGGGGUGGACCUGGACCUCAGCCUCUUCAACAUCGUGCUGAACCAGAACCAGAGCUUCAUGGGCGACAACAUCACCAUCUUCUACGAGGGCAAGCUAGGCCGCUACCCCCACUACACCACCCGGGGGGAGGCGGUCAACGGGGGGGUCCCCCAGAACGCCAGCCUGCCGGCUCACCUGCGGGCCGCCGGCGCCGACAUCGCGGCGGACAUCCCGCGCCGCGGCUUCAGGGGCCUGGCCGUGGUGGACUGGGAGAGCUGGCGGCCGCUCUGGGCGCGCAACUGGGACACGAAGCAGGUGUACUGGGAGGCCUCCCGGGCGCUGGCGAGGCGGGGGCACCCCGACUGGCCGCCCAGCCGGGUGGAGAGCGAGGCCCAGAGGGCCUUCCAGGGGGCCGCCCGGGCCUUCAUGGAGGGCACCCUGAGGCUGGGCCGCGCCAUGAGGCCGGGGGGCCUGUGGGGCUUCUACGGCUUCCCCGCCUGCUACAACUACCAGUACAAGAACUCCACGGCCAACUACAGCGGCGAGUGCCCGCCGCUGGAGAUGCGCAGGAACGACCAGCUGGCCUGGCUCUGGAACGCCAGCUCAGCCCUCUUCCCGGACAUCUACCUGGACUUGGCGCUGCGCGGAAGGGAGGACGCCAUCCUCCGCUUCACCCACCACCGCGUCCUGGAGGCCAUGAGGGCGGCAGGGCAGGUUGGGCGGGUCGCCCCCCCCGUGCUGCCCUACGCCCGCAUCGCCUACACCUACUCCAUGGAGUUCCUUUCGCAGGAGGACCUGGCCCACACCAUUGGGGAGAGCGCCGCCCUGGGGGCGGCAGGAGUGGUGCUUUGGGGGGACGCGACUUACGCAAAAUCUCAGGCGGUGUGCGAGGAGAUGAAGAGGUACGUGGACGCCACCCUGGGGGGCUACCUGGUCAACGUGACGGCCGCCGUCACCCUGUGCAGCCGGCUCCUGUGCUCGGGCCGGGGGCGCUGCCAGCGCAGGGACAGCGGCCCCCCCGGGGCCUCCCUGCACCUGGACCCCUCCAGCUGGACGGUGGCGUCGGAGCCGGGCCCGCGAGGGCGGCUCUACAGCGUGCGCGGGAGGCCGGGCCAGCGGGAGGCGGAGCAGUUGGAGGCCGGGUUCGUGUGCCGGUGCUACCAGGGCUGGGGGGGACGGCGCUGUAAGAAGCCAGUGUAGCCGUCGGGCCAGGGACACGGGGGCCAAGUCGGGGGCCCUCGGGGGGUCUCCGAUUUGGACCUGCCGCUUGAAGCCGGAACCCACCCCAGACCCGGCGGAACUGCACUUCAUGAACGCGCUCAUCGGGCCGCGGCGGAGAGCGUGAGACUUUGCUACAGACUUUAUAGAUCAUGUGCCACCUCAGCUGGCAGGCGAUGCGUUGGGAUGUUUGGACGGGCUGCCCAACUCUGCGUGGUGCCGGGGCAGGUUGGCCGAAAUGCACAACCCCUGUACGUGCCAAGCACAAAAUCCCUGCAGUCCUGGAUCUCAUGGCCGUGUUUUCACUUGAACCGUCCAUCUCUCGGUGAUAUGAAGGGUAAAGAGCACUUUCUGGGGAAAACUGAAAAGUUGUACCACAGUCGUUUGAAAUCGGCCGGGAAUUUCCUGCUGCACGGGGCCGUCAAGUACUGUCAACAUGGAGAAUCUGCCACGUAAAAAAAACACAAUUAUUUUUGCCUCAUCCUCUUCCUUGGGGAUAUGUUUUUUAAUGUUCUAAAUGACAAUUGUGAUUUGUUUUUAACGCUGAUCAGUUUUAACCAAUUCUAUAUUUAUCUGGGAGUCAAUAUGUGAUUAAUAAUCUAUGUGUACCUGAAAUAUAUGAUUUUGUCUUCCUGAAGGUCUAAAAGAUGGGAAGAAACCCAGCUAUGCUUUAUCAUUGCAUCAUCCAGCCUUAAAUGAAUCAUUAAUAAGAUGCGUGUGAUGCAAAAAAGUGGUGUUAAUCCUUCUGUAGUGUGUGGAGCACUUGGGUUUUGGAAUAAACUAUGGUUGCACUGAACACAGGUUA